AUGUAUGGUUGCGGAAACAAUGAAAUAUUAAUUUCAAAAGUUCUUAAAGAUCAACGUAAUAAAGUUUUUCUUUGUACAAAAUUUAGUAAUGUUCGUGGAGAAAAUGGGGAGUUCUUGGGUGUAAAUGGGAAGCCAGAAUAUGUUCAUAAAGCAUGCGAAAAAAGCUUACAAAGAUUAGGUGUUGACUGUAUUGAUCUUUAUUAUCAACAUCGUGUCGACUCUACUAUUCCAAUUGAAGAUACAGUUAAAGCUAUGGCUGAGCUUGUUGAAAAGGGUAAAGUUAAAUAUAUUGGACUUUCCGAGUAUUCAGCUGAUAUACUUCGACGUGCUCAUAAAGUUCAUCCAAUCGCUGCUGUUCAGAUAGAAUACAGCCCAUGGUCCCUUGACAUUGAACUUAAAAAAGCUUGUGAAAAACUUGGCGUUACAAUUAUUGCAUAUAGUCCAAUAGGACGUGGUAUUUUAUCAGGAAGAUAUAAAUCCAUAAAUGAUUUUGAACCUAAUGAUAUUCAUAGAUACCUUCCUCAUUUUAUGGGAGAUAAUUUUACUAAAAAUUUAGAUCUCGUAAAAGAAAUUGAAAAGAUAGCUGAAAAGGAAGGCGUUACUGCUAGCCAAAUUUGUUUGGCAUGGGUAAUGGCUCAGGGUGAAAAUAUUGUUGCAAUUCCUGCUACUAAAAAAAUUAAAUACUUGGAAGAAAAUGUUCAUGCUGCCAAUGUUAAUUUAAACACUAAAGAAUUAUCCAAAAUUCGAAAAAUUAUUGAUUCUAUUGAAGUUGCCGGACUUAAAUACCCUGAAGAGCAUCUAACG